AUGGUCUUCAAGGAAUGGUCUUUUCUACGGCCCUACUCUGUCUACAUGGGUAUGACGAGCAAGUAUCAAAUGGCCACGGACGAACUUAUGCCACCUCCCACCGCGAACGCAACAUCCACAACGUCAAACUCUGGAAAUCCUGUCUCUAGCCUUCAUCUUGCCUAUGACCAUCGUCUACUAGCUAGCAGCAAAACGACUUCAAUUGAUUCAUCAUUAUUACCCCAGCAGCCGCAACCGCCCCCUACUACUCACCAACUCUCAAAUGACUCUAUUUCAAUCGGUGUACAGCCAGCACUGGCAGCCCCCGUAUCCACCUGUGGCUCUUCUACUGUUCUUCCUGUUGCAAAUCCUACAUCUGUCAUCGACAGUGGUUCUGUUGGAAAUGCUUCGGCUUCUCAUGCACCUGGUACAGUUUGUAUUACUUUUAGCAUACACCGUUUAUUGAACCAGUUCAAUAAUUAA